GGUCGGACGUAUGUCUGUAUGGGCGAGCUACAGUACCCCGGCGCACCAAGCGUCGCAGACGACGAGAGACAAUAUAGGGCUCCGUUCCGGCGGGCCCCACAGUACAGAUGGCCGGCACCGCAGCCCCCUCAGCCGUCGGCCUUCGCUCCCUGGCGGAGAGCGCCGGCCCCGCCGCGAGCACCAGAUUACAGGCGAAGCGCCUCUUACCCUGGCAAACCGGAUGAACCUUACCAGGAGAGAAGUGGUCUGGACAACAUGCGCUCGUUAGAACAUUAUCUCACGGAUAUAAUGAGGGCCGACACGUCAGAACAUCUUAAAGGCAAGUCGCCGUUCUUCCCCGGCGUGGAGGACGCGGCGGUGGCAGCGGGCGUGGCGGGCGCGGGCUCACCAUCGGUGCCUGCAGACCAGGCCCAGGAUGUCGUCUCCAGGCUCAGCGCGGCUGGGCUGUCAAUGUGCGUGAGUGCUCUCGGGUCGCCGGCGCGGUCGUCGCCCGUGUCGGCCGGCUCGGAGCACGGCGAACGGUUCAGUCGGAAGGUUUUCGUCGGGGGGCUGCCGCCGGACAUCGACGAGGACGAGAUAACGUCGUCAUUCCGGCGGUUCGGUCCCCUGGUGGUGGACUGGCCACACAAAGCUGAAAGCAAGAGUUACUUUCCGCCCAAGGGAUAUGCUUUCCUACUAUUUCAGGAUGAGAGUUCAGUGGCAGCUCUGAUGGAAGCGUGCAUCACAGACGACGACAAAUUGUAUCUGUGCGUGUCGUCGCCAACGAUCCGCGACAAGCCGGUCCAGAUUCGGCCGUGGAGGCUGGCCGAUGCUGACUUCGUGCUGGACGCCAGCAUGCCGCUGGAUCCUCGCAAGACGGUGUUCGUUGGCGGUGUGCCGCGCCCGCUAAAAGCUGUGGAGCUGGCCAUGAUCAUGGAUCGAUUGUACGGCGGGGUGUGCUACGCGGGCAUCGACACGGACCCCGAGCUCAAGUACCCCAAGGGCGCUGGGCGGGUAGCAUUUUCCAACCAACAGUCGUACAUAGCGGCCAUCUCGGCGCGGUUCGUGCAGCUGCAGCAUGGCGACAUCGACAAGAGGGUCGAGGUGAAGCCGUACGUGCUGGACGACCAGAUGUGUGACGAGUGUGCAGGCGCUCGCUGCGGCUCGAAGUUCGCACCGUUCUUCUGCGCCAACGUCACUUGUCUGCAGUAUUACUGCGAGCAUUGCUGGGCGACGAUCCACUCGCGGCCCGGACGCGAGUUCCACAAGCCGCUCGUCAAGGAAGGCGCUGACCGUCCGCGGGCCGUGCCAUUCCGCUGGUGUUAGUGGAGUAGGAGUGAGAGGGAGUCAGUGGGAGUGAGCGGGAGUAGGCGAGAGUGAGCGGGAGACACUGACAGGGAUGGGUAGUGAGCGACAGAGAUGGAGAUAGCUACCACACCUGCGCCAUUUUGUUCUCGCGAUUGUUACUACUGAGUGUCAAGGUGUUAUCUCUCGCUGACUGUUCUCUCACUACUCACCCCUGCCAUAACUCUGUCUGAAUUGUUUUGCAGCGGUAGUUUUGUAAUACCGCGCUAUUAGUCAUUUCACUCGUUCGGUUUCCUGAGCGGUAUUUUUUACUACCGCAAUGAUUCAAUUCUAAACAUAAAACCCUAAUCAUACGGAACGGCGUAGAAUAGGAAUAUGCGCUCCGAACAGUUACAAUGUUAACUAGUCGGUUUCUUUUUCUAUCGUUUGGUAACAACUGGAAGAUAUGCUGGCAACAUUGUAAUGACAGAAAAUUGAAUGUCACUAACGGAUACGACAUACCAAUAGGAAACUGUAAGCCAUUGGCUAUGGCAAUAGUAAAUUAAUAAUAAUAAUAAAACAAUUUAAUAAGCAACUUUAUCCAAUGUUUAAUAUUAAGCAGAAUAUUAUAGAAUUCAAGUACAAGCGUUACGUUUGCUGUGUUGCUGUCUCCGUAAACGGUUACCUAGUGUUGCCAGAUGGGAAACUACUAUCUUGGUAGUUUUUCACGUUCACGGAGACAGCGACGUAGCGGACCAUAGAUUUCGAUAUAAGCAAAAAUAUGUAUCCAUAAAACUUAGCUAGAUAUCCGUUUUGGUAAGCUCUAUCUUGAGACGAAGUGACGCGCCCGACGAUUAAUCGCUGCGACCAGUCGCUGCGACUUGUCGCAGGCGCGUACGCUCACUUAUCGUAAGAUAUUAAUGUAAGACAUAAGUGGAAUGUCUGAUUUUUUCGAUAAAAAAAAACAUAAUUGUACCUGUUUAGCUAGAAUCAAUUUCCUAAGAUUAUCCUCGAAUUUCGAUUAGGACGCUGGACUUGGAUAUUGUUGCGAUUGUUUCGUCCCCUUCGUGUGCAUUUGCGAUUAGUCGGCUGUCGACUUUCAGUAUUACCGCAUGGUUUUGUGUUCAGUAUAAUUUAAUGUUUUAUGUAUUAGAAGUUAGCUAUGUUACUGUUUCCGUGUUAUCGCCUUCAAGACGAUUUUUGGCGUUGUCGAUACUGAUGCAUUAUUUUUGCAAUCACUCGUCUGUUUUCCUACAUGUUGUUAGUCUGAAUCAAAUUCACGCUAUCAUUGAGGUCUGCGCAGUUCUAGAUCUGCUCACAAGACUUUUUAAACGGUAUAUCUGAUUAUUGAUUUUACACAAAUCGAAAAGAAUUACUUCCAAGAAUUGCAUUGUUGUCUGUUGACAUUUUUUGUGUGAUUGUUUACCUAUUAACAGUUGCUACAAAAACAUCACUUGUACCGUUUAAUAAGGAUUGUGCUAUUCAAAGUAAUUUGGAUGCUUCACUAAUUGUCCAUCUUUGACUAACCAUGGGGAAGUAGGACGGCGAGUCUUAUUGUACCUAGUGCAUAUAACUUGGUUGGCUCGACUCUGGUAGUAGUGCCGGCUGGUCGACUAUUCCUUUUGACCCGAAUGGGAUGUAUUUCUAUAAUUUUGUUCCUAUACUGUGUUUACUUCAUUAUUAUGGGAGGCGGUAGGGACUCAUUUUUAGUACAAACGUGUUACCAUUGCGGCUGUAGGCACGUUCUCGAGUUAUUUAGCGUUAAAGGUAAAAAAUAUUUUUUCGUACAGCCGGGAUAGUGCAAUAGCGUAUAGUUUAGUCUCUUUUAGGGAAUAUAUUAACCAAUUUAUUAUAUUAGUGUAAUGGAAGGAGUUUAUUAUCUGGUAUAUGGUAACACUGAUUUCAUUUGAAUUUGGAACUUGUAUAUUUUGUUAACAACGCCAUCUAUUGGCACGACGUUGCGACUUGUGCAAUUUAUAGGUUACUUUCAAAUUUCUUGACGGAUAGAAUGAAACUAGUGUUAUCGCCAGGUGUUCUUCGUUGUUAUAAAACAAAACUUCGGGGUUUUUCUUUUUCGUAUGUACUUAAAUUGCGGUUUCACCGCGCGGUAAGACACCGUAUCCCGACGACCACGGACGUUUUAUAGACUGUAGUAAAAGACUUGCGCGAAUUUUUUGAUGGUUUUUUCAUGAUUUUGAAGAGAUUUUUUAAUGUUGUGUAUCUUUUUCGAAAUUAGAUGAAAAAGGGCUUUAUAGUGCCUUGAAUGCGACUACGUUUGGCGUACCCCUCCCGACUCUGGCGUUUUCUUCAUUAGAUGGUUGUUGUUGCCCGAUGUCCGUCGUAUUUAUUGCGAUUUUUUGUAAAAAAAAAACACUUUAAAUCGUAAAUUUUGAGCAAAUAUACUAGUAAAAUCUACUCUAGGCUACGAAACACCAUCGGUUACAGGACAUAAUUUUUAAACCUUGACAUAUUGAAACGUUUGGCACGCGUUUAUCGGAAACUAAAAGUAAGGGUAUAUAUCGGGAUGAGAAUACCUUCGGGACAAUUUUGCCUCUCCAAUUUACCCCUCGCAGGCUGUAAGCAAUAUUAUACCCUGAAUAUUGCUGGUUGGUUGGGCGAAAUUGGUCCAUUUCAAUUUUUUAAACGAUAAGUAGGUACAAUUUGUAUUAUUACUAAUAGAGCAUUUUAGUGAAAAUUUUGCCAUAAUAUUUGCACGUGUUGUCGACUUUUUGUGUCGCAAACUCAAAAAUAAUGUUCAACUAACUCAAUUAAAUGUAGACAAAAUGGAAUAUUUGCGAAAUAUUUAUAUUUUCUUAGUAUGUAGUAUAUUGAUAUGUAUUUAUAUUGAUACAAAAAGUCGAACGAUUCGAUGGUCACACGCUGUGACAGAGAAACUCUAUAGUUAUAGUGAAAUAUUGAAUAGUUUCAGUAAUAGCAAAUAAUUGAGAUUGCCAGCUCGUGGUACUCUGUUCAUAAAUUAAAAUUAGAAGUUUCCUAGGAGAUAAUUUCGACACGCCCUUGAGUAUGCUCCGAUUACACUUAAUAAUCUCAUCGUCACUUUGCUCGGCACCUCGAUUUUAACCGUUACAACGAUCCAACAUUAUUUUUCUAUUGCAUUUUUAAAACUUCCACUUUGGUAGAUUUUUCUUAUGUGACAACACUUUUGAAAAAUAUUGUUUGUUACCUACUUAUUUUGUCCUUGAUGUAUGACGUCAUUGUUGUUGUUAUGGUUUGUUUUAUGCUGUUUUUGUGCGUUUGAUGUACCCUACCGUUUAUUUGGAUGAAAUUGCUCAAAUAUAUAUUUGGUGAAAUUGUUUGGUGCCCCCUAACCCCUCCUAGUUGAAAUAAAGAGGUGGGACGCGUGAGUGUUGUUGUGUGGUCGCUCUGUCCCAUUUUGUAUUUUUGUAUUUUUAUAAAAAACGACAAUUGUGAAUUCGGAAGUGGUUAUUUACUUUGCGCGCAACGUUUGUAGCUGAACGCUUGGGUAAUGAUUUUAUGUUUUUGUAUAUAACGGUCGUCUCGACCCGAGUACAGAUCUUCAAGGAUUUGCCACCGUCACGGGGUGCCUUCAAUUUUAUCUCGUAUUUAUUUUGAUAAUACCUAAAUUAUUUCGUGGAGGUGUAGUCAAAAUAUAUACAUGGAACACAUUAAAACAUAUAAUGUACAGGAAUAUCACGCUAGUACCGAGUUGUUAACUAUGAUUGGUAAAGAGGAAUGCGAAUCGAAUUGUGAACAUUCGCCCUGAUUCCUUGAAGGUCUGUCAAAAACCCAGCGAUAAACUUAAUUGGUGUUUAGAUUAUGACCGAGGUGUUUGGGAUAUUGGUCUCUGCUAAGCUUUUGCAUUGUGCUAAACUGUAUGUAGAUCUACUAGACGGAAACCGUAUACAGAUGACUCCUCGAGUUGCCAGUACAUAUAAUUGUUUAACGGAUUUGUCAUAGACAAAGCGAUUGGAUUUUUAAAGAGCUUCUAUGAGGGACAAAAGUCGUUUUACUAAACUGCCUUCUUUCACAAUCACAUUGUAUUAAAACAUAAUGUAACUUUACUCGAAUUAUCCAGAUCCUUAAUACGCUUUGUUUAAGAUGCGAUCUUACGGCAUUGGAGGACAAUAGUGAUUCGUUGAGCCCAAUUCAUUCAUAGCCGGCGGUUUGGAUGUGUUGUCUAGUUUAAUUGAAACAUGGGAGGAGAUUUCCUAUUAUUUUUUAGCCCCUGAUCAAAGGCAGUUCUCGAAUAUCUUAUUCUUUAAUAUUUCAGGUGGAUUCGUCUUCUGUUAGUCCCAAAAAGUUACUUAAUAUAUGAACUUUUUGGUAUCGAUAGUGUUCUGCUCUGCAAUUGACAAAGAUCAAGGAAUGAAUCCAUUUUGGUCGGGGGUGUGUUUUAGUUUUAUAUUAACUUGUUUCGCUCCGCAAAGUUUUAUUUUGAUACUAUUUAGUUAAUUUGGAGGCGUUUGUGUUUAUAGAGGAGGCUUUUUUGUUGAAUGGUUUGUACGUUGCGGAGCGGAGGCUUUCUCUAUCUGUUUGUUAGUUUGUAGGUUGUUUUGCUUUCUUGUUUAUACCGCGUUGCGGGUCUGUUCUUGUUGUACGUUGUUUGUUCGAGCUAAGGGUGUGUGCUAGUAACAUUUUUCCUUUUAGACGGUAAUUUUGACGUUCAUAUCACUUGCGACGCACCACGGGGGGCAUUGUCACUGUUUAAUAAAUGUUUAUAAGUGUACAUUUUUUUGUGAGACUUGUACUCGACGAUAUAAACUUUGUAUUGUUGUUGUUGAUCUGUGUCGGACCCCUCGUCGUUCCCGAGUGAGUUUUUUCGCACUUAUAUCACUUGCAUGUAAAUAGUGAUUCGUACGUUGAACUUUUCUUAGUGAAUAGAGAAAAUUUUGAAAAAUCCCGCAAAAAAAGACGUUUUUUUACAAUUUGCGGCGGCGGACCGUGUUAGAUUUUCGACUUAGCGUUCGCACGCGUCGGCGCCAUGUAAAUUCGUGCUAGGGUCUCUAGUGAAAUUGUUGAUCCGCACGCGGUAUUCUCGUCGAUUGGUUCCCGUCUACUCACUGGUACCAUUUUGGUCUCAAACAUUUUGGGACAUGACAUGGUUGGUAGUGUCGAAAGGCGAAUGGGAUGAGCCUGGUCAGGUAAACGAUAUCUUCUCUAAAAAUAUUUUGAGCUAUACGCGCCAUGAGGAGAAAACGUGUGUAAAAUAGUUAAUAAACAUAUUUAGAAGUGGAGUUGUUUACUUGCAGGCAAUAAAGAAUUCUGCAACGGAAUAAAUCGAUGAAUACCGCGUACGGACUUAAAAAUUAUAACAUAAUUUUAAAAUAAUAGCAAAAGUAGAGCAAUUGAUCGAAUACAUUACCUAGUUACGUAUAAUGUAUGAGAUAAUAGUACCUAAAUAUUUGAAAACGUUGCUAGACAAUAUUAUUUUUAAAUAUUUCCUAUGCACCGGGCGUCGGUUUUUUUAAUAAUGGCAAGUGUGUCGUGUACCUACUUCGUAUACUCUCGAUGCUAUAUUUUGACGACACUGUGGUGCAUUGAAAUUAUUUUUUUAAUAGACUUUUUAAAGAUGACUCCUUGCAAAAUCCUAAAUGUUACCAAUGGAUUUCCUUCCUACGUACAGGAGUCAAAUGCAAAACUAUAAUUUAAAUUGAUUUGAAAUAAGAUUUAUAUAUUUUUAUAGGCAGUUAUUUCAGUGACACGUUACCAAUGUAAUCGAUUUUCUUUAUUCAUAAUUUAAAUUUGCGACUUUGUGCUCAUUUUCUGUUGUCUCGCUCGAUUCAGUCGUUUUACGUUCGGUGUGGAUUUGCGGCGAUUUUCGAAAUUUCUGCCCGUAUUCAAAUUUCAUUUUGACCAUUCUGAAUGUCGCUAGUCUGCUCCGGACGCCACACUUGCGACUUUUAAAUUAGUGACAGCUUUAGUGAGACGUAAUUAAGAUUAAUUUUAAGCUUUGUUUUAGAAUUAAGCACACUGCGAUGACAUACACUAUAGUUUCGAAGCGUAUUUUUAUGUCAUGGCUUUCGAAACAGCCGAAUCGAGCGAGCGUACGUCAUGUUUUUUUAAAUAGAUAAAUGAAAUGUUUUGUGAAUUUACGCUAAAACUGUUUCUCUCUGCUUUUGUAAACGGUAGCCGGAUUGUUUAAAUUAUUUUAGACUAUUGUGAACUAUUAAAAUGAAUUUGAAAUCUUUCUCCUGUGUUUCAUCUUGUAGUUUUGUUUGGGAUAGUGCAAUUGGUUCUAUAUUAUUUUUAUUUAUUUAUGCCGAAGGCACAUGAAUAUAUACAUUGCAAUGGCGUAAACACAAGUUGCGGCAUUAUACUCGUCGCAGUCGCCCAAAGACAUUUCUGAAUCUUGUGUUGUCACGCCCUAAUUUAUUAAGUACAUUUAUUUUUGCUACGUCUCCAUUUGACCAAAGACGAGUACCAAAAAGACAAGGGUGGGAAUUCGACGCCCAGUGAUUCCUAAUGUUUACUUAAUUCUGGAGAGUGGCUUUAGCUGGCGCAUAUGCGGUCUUCGAACUAGAGCGGAAAGCAAUUUGUUUACAGUAAAGGAACUAGAAAGAAAUAGUGUUGCCAUAUGCAGAAAUUUCUACUCUGACUAUACUUUCUAGGAUACUGGCAUCUCUAUUUAGAUAUGCUACGCAUGAUACCGAGUAGCGAUAUUCUUGUCACUUUCUAGGAGUCAUUUGAUAAACAAAUUGUUUUAUGGCUACAGUAGACUCGUGUGUUGCGGGCCCAAAUUAAGCUUUUGUAAUUAAUAUAUCACCCAUUUGUUUUGAUGUAUUUUGACGUUAUUCCUAUUUAUUUAUUUUUUACUAUUUUUUUUGUAUAACUUUUUUUAUUUAAAUAGUAAUGUUUAUUCACUGUAGUUAGUUGUUUAUAUUUUUAUUAUUAGUGUUAAUCGUUUUUUCAGUAUUUUCAGAGUUUUCGAUAAGUAAUAUACACUGCAACUUAGAUUAAGCUUUCGCCAAUAUAAAGAAUUAAAAAGUUAACAAUGCACAUUGGCCGUAAGGAAAUAAAUUUAAGGAUAUUUAUGUAUAUUUAAUGACAUGGUAAUAUUACGGAAAAAUGUAAAAAAAUAACUGUUUUGUCAAUACUAUAACUACCUACUGCAUCGCGACGUAGAUUCAAAAAUUUAUAAAUCAGAGCUUUACCAGUUUAAGCGUAUAUUUUAGUUGUUUUCGUUUUAUGUAUUAUAAUUAAAAUUUAAUACCGUACAUUUUUUAUAUAUUUAUAUUUAUGUAAAAAACUUAUUAGGCGUAAAACUAUGUAGUUUGAAUUUACCUGUGUUUAUAUUAUUUUUUAUCGAGAGUGAAUUAUAUUUUUUUUCUUGUUUGAAAUAAUAGAAAUUAAUUAUAGCGUUAAAUACUUGUGGGGAGCCGGUGGUUAAGAAUCUUUAGAGUUACGUUAGUUGUUAGGUCGACUGCACAUGAGCGACGCAACGACGUCUUAUCACCAUUCUUACCUCUACUUAUCGCUCGAGUGUCGCUCGCCUGCAAAUCGACCACUACAUAUAACCAACGUAAAUCUUUAAACGUUGUUUUACACUUUCAAUUUGUUUUGCAAUCGUCUGUGCUAAGCUAGAGUUUCAGAUGGAACACCAGGUAGACUAGCGACUUUUUGUCGCCGAUAAAAAAACCAACUACAAUAAAUCGUGUGUAAUAGUGUUCAUGUGAAAUAUUCUCUUGGUACAAACGCGUUGACGCUGGCCCCCGCAAGUUCGUAGGUAUUGUUUAAAAUUGAAAUACUUGAAUUUUUAUAUGAAUUUUAUUAUUAUAAUAUGGUAUUUUACUAAAUAUUAGUCCAAUAUUAAAUCUUUA